AUGCCUGUGCUAGGAUGCAGUCUUAGCUCGCAAGCCGGCCGCUUCCCUGAUGGUAGAAUACCUUAUCGGAUCAUGAAGCAGAUAACGAAACAGCUGCUGUCCGGCCUUGCUCUCCUACACGAAACUUGUGGAGUCAUUCAUACCGGUAGGCGGAUGCCGAGUGUGCUCCAGCUUGACGUGGCAAUCCCGGCUAAAGGGGCAAUAGAUCUGCAGCCAUCAAACAUCUGCUUUGAAGUCGAUCAAGCUCAGCUUCUACUCAUGGUUGAUAGGCAGACGGCGGAGCAAGUCACUCCAACGAUCAGCGAGGGUGACAUUGGCAGUGUCAGGAUCAUCGACCUCGGUGUUGCUUCUUGGGUUGAUCAUCACUUAAGCGACAACAUACAACCGGAACAUCUCCGAGCUCUAGAGAUCAUUCCAGAGGCUCCCUGGGGUCCACCUGUUGACAUCUGGAGCCUAGGUUGUCUGGUAAGGCAUGAAUCCAAUGAAGCACGAAUAUGCCUCGCAGACACGUUCGGAUGGAGCACUGCUAAGCGUAAAUUGCAGGUCAUCGAGUUCGUCAAAGGACAUGUGGCUUUCCCUGGAGCAGCUUCUCAGCACGAAUCAUGGGCGUCCGAGGAUGAUCAUCUAGCACAGUACAUGGAAGUCCUCGGUCCGAUGCCUCCUGAGCUUCUACAACGUGGCACGAAGACUCCUGAAUAUUUCGAUCAAAGCGGCAUGUUCUCCGCAGAUCUUUUACCAUUGCGUUGCACAGCUGACUCUUUGUCUCAAUCAGGUAAGCUCGUCAGGAUCCCAGAGCUCCAGAUCACGAGCUUGAGGGACUUCGUAGACGGCGCAGAAGGCCCAUUCCAACGGCCUCCGGACAUGUCGACCGAACAAGCCACCAAAUUCGUGAACUUUCUUAGUGGCGCAUUGACUCUUGACCCAGACUGCCGCAAACGAGCGACCGAGUUGCUACAGCACGAGUGGCUGCAAGACUUGUAA